AUGGGCAAUUGCUGCCUCGGCGGUGCUGCCACUUCCCAAUCUGCCAUCCGCCGAUCCUCUUCUCAUCGAGAUGCUAAUGGUCCUAACGACGCCGUUGAUGGUUAUCUCAAGUCUCGCGGCUACCAUGGCCUUUUCACUCAGAUCGAGCUAUCAUUGUCUGCUUCAAAUUUGCGUGACCGGGACGUGCUUUCCAAGAGUGAUCCUAUGGCAGUUAUCUAUACAAAAGGAAGGGAUGGCUCAUUGCAAGAGAUUGGUCGUACUGAAGUUGUCCUAAAUUCAUUAAAUCCCCAGUGGAUUAAGAAAGUUAUUAUCACUUAUCAUUUUGAGGUGGUUCAGACACUGUUGUUCCAUGUGUAUGAUGUUGACUCUCAUUUUCAUGGACUAGAAGAAAAGAUGCUUAAGUUGGACGAACAGCAACUUCUGGGCGAGGGUACUUGUUUACUAUCCGAGAUAGUAACCAGACCAAACCGCACGUUGCCGGUAGAUCUUGUGGGAAGAGUAGAAUCUACCAGCUCUACUCAUCCAAAGAAACUUGGGCAGCUCACAGUUCAUGCAGAAGAAUGUGUUGUCUCAAAGACUACAACGGAAUUGGUAUUUAGGUGCAUGGAUUUAGAGAAUAAGGAACGCUUCUCCAAAAGUGAUCCCUUUUUAGUAAUAUCUAAAUGUGUGGAGAGUGGGCAUGCUGUUCCAAUUUGCAAAACAGAGGUCUUGAAAAAUGAUCUAGAUCCAACAUGGAAACCUGUCUCUAUAAGCAUCUCACAAGUUGGAAGCAAGGAAACUCCACUCAUUAUUGAGUGCUUCAACUUCAAUAGUAACGGGAGGCAUGAUUUGCUUGGCAAAGUUCAGAAGUCGCUUGUUGAGUUGGAAAAACUAUCUUCUGGUGGGGAGGGAGAGCAUUUGUUUGUACCUGUUGCUAUUGGGAAAGAUCAUCAGACUAAGGUAUUAAAGAGUCGGCUCUUUGUGGACAAGUUUUCUGAAAGUGUUCAUCAUACCUUCCUGGAUUACUUGGAUAGUGGCUUUGAAUUGAACUUCAUGGUGGCCAUAGAUUUCACAGCUUCAAAUGGAAAUCCUCGUUUGCCAGAUUCCUUACAUUAUAUUGACCCUUCUGGACGUCCAAAUGCAUACCAGAAGGCAAUACUAGAGGUUGGAGAGGUACUGCAGUGUUAUGAUUUUGACAAGAAAUUUCAUUCAUGGGGCUUUGGAGCACGUCCAAUUGAUGGUCCUGUCUCUCAUUGUUUCAACCUCAACGGGAGCAGUGGGCACUCAGAGGUUGAAGGAAUCCAUGGAAUUAUGAUGGCAUAUGCAAGCGCCCUUUUUAACGUCACACUUGCAGGACCAACCCUAUUCGGACCUGUGAUUGCUGCUGCUGCAAUGAUAGCCAGCCAGGCUUUGGCUGCUAAUCAAAAGAAGUACUUUGUUUUGUUAAUCAUCACGGAUGGAGUGAUAACAGAUCUACAAGAAACAAAAGACGCUCUUGUGAAUGCAUCGGAUCUGCCACUGUCUAUUCUUAUUAUUGGAGUUGGUGGAGCCGACUUUAAGGAGAUGGAGAUUUUAGAUGCCGAUAAGGGAGAGAGACUUGAAAGUACAACAGGACGUGUUGCAACACGCGAUAUAGUCCAAUUUGUUCCCUUUAGAGAUGUACAAGGUGGAGGAGAAAUCUCUGUUGUUCAGUCUCUUUUGGAAGAACUCCCCUCACAAUUCUUAACCUUCAUGAGAAACAGAGAUAUUCAUCCAAAUACAUGUUGA